GAUUUGAUGCUCAUAUUUCAUCUGGCAUACAAUAUAUACAUAUAGAGAGAAUCUAAUGAUCGUGCAUGCUUCAUGGCACUGUACAAUGUUCUUAAAAGCUAUACAUACCAUGAUAUGGUGCAGGAAAACAAGGAGACCAACAAGUAGCUCGAGUAAAUUACUGUCAUACAUAUACCAAAAGUAGCUUAAAAGAGUUUUAACCUUAUUUCCUGAAUAAACCAUGACAAAGAGUGAAGUAAAGCUGUUGGGGGCAUGGUCUAGUCCAUUUGUUAUGAGGGCUCGGAUAGCUCUUAACAUCAAAUCAGUGAGCUAUGAGUUCCUUGAGGAGACAUUUCAACCUAAGAGUCAGCUCCUUCUUGAUUCCAACCCUGUUUACAAGAAAGUCCCUGUUCUCAUUAAUCAAGACAAACCUAUCUGCGAGUCCUUGAUCAUUGUGCAGUAUGUGGAUGAUGUCUGGUCCUCUGGCCCAUCCAUUCUCCCUUCUGAGCCUUACGACCGUGCCAUUGCACGCUUCUGGGCUACCUAUCUCGAUGACAAGUGGUACCCGACCUUGAGAUCUGUUAGAGGAGCAAAAGGAGAGGACGAGAGGAAGAAGCUGAUAAAGGAGGUCGGAGAAGGAUUGACAUUGCUUGAGGAUGCACUUAACAAGAUAAGCAGAGGCAAAGACUUCUUUGGUGGUGACCAAAUUGGUUACUUGGACAUUGCAUUUGGGUGCUUCUUGGGAUGGCUGAGGGUGACAGACUCACUCACUGGGGUGAAGUUGCUUGACCAAGUUAAGACACCUUGUUUGGUGAGAUGGGCUGAGAGGUUCUGUGCACAUGGUGCUGUCAAAGAUGUUAUGCCACAAACAGAGAAGCUUGUUGAGUUUGCUAAGAUGUUAAUGGCCAAAAUGGCUGCUUCUACUCCAAAUUAAAAAGUUCCUUAUACAAGGUAGCAGGGAACUUAUUCUAUGCCAUGCUUCAUGAAAUUCUAAUGUAGUAGGAAAUUGGAAGAUCCGAAUAUGAAUAAUGUUUUUCAUGAUUUUAGUUUCAUGUUAAUUUCUUGUCACAGAAAUGCGAUAAUAAUUUACUCCGAUGAGCAAACUCUUACUGUAGUGGGAACUAGGGUCAUGCUAAUGCAAAAUAAGAACCUAUAUAUUAGUUAGAUUUUAUUCUAUACACUAGACAAAAAAAUAUGC